CUGUAUUAUUAUAAUCUUCCCAAACCAAGUUGUCGUUGCUCACCAAGCCUGAUUUAUCUUCUCUACUUUCAGACACAACUCGGGUUUUCUUUGUUUGUCUCCUGGUUUUGUGUGAUGGAAAUGAAGAACAAGCCAAAUAAUGGAAACGAAGAUGGUCCGAAACAUAGCCAAGUGGUGAAGAUAAAGAAAGAAUUCGAAAAGAUAAGUCAGCCAUCGCUGCAGCAACCGGAGAUGAGAAGGGUCCUCGCGGAAACCAAGAGGCGUCAACGUUCACGUUCACCUCUCGGCUUAGGAGAGAGAUCUAUUCCCGUUGGGAAUUAAUGUUCCAUCGUUCACCUUUGUAACCGAGAGAGAUAGUAGUAGUAGAAGAAGAACCUCCUUACGAGAGAUUCUGAAUAGUUACAGUCUUGCAGACUUUGUUGUAUAUAUGACUCUGUUGUACUCUUUGGUGUGAAUAUCAUCUAUGAAUCUCCCUUC